GUUCAUCCUGGCCUCGACUAUCGAUCCAACUGCAGCUUUUUUGACAAGACUAGACGUAUACCUUACCGAAUUGACAGUAUAUCCGGAACUCGAUCGGCAGUCCCAACUCACAAUCAUGUCCGACUCGGAGGACGUCACGCCGCGACAAUCGCGAAGGAUCCCUCUUCGUCAGAACAGACGGUCUUCAGCCAAGCAGAAUGGUGCUACAAACAGUCCUGGUCUGAACGCCAACGAUGACGAGGCUGAGAAGAGCGCUCGAAGAGUACAGAGGAGAUCUACUGGGAUGAACAGGAGGAAUCAAGAGAACGACAACGAUGAAGACAGCGGCAAUCAGGAGGCUGAUGAUUAUUCUGAAAGCCCGGUCGGGAAGGGCAAGGGCAAGGCAACUCAAAAGGCACGCCAGUCGAAUAUCAACGGCCAGAAGACAAAGACCGGCACCGCACCGAGACUUUCGGUCAUCAACAGGCCCAGUGCAGUAAACACCACGACAUCCGCUUCGGCGACCGUCGUCUCUGGCACAACCAUUAACGGCGGGGGAAUGCUCAACCUAGGCGAUCUUACUCAGCUUCCCGUUCAAGUCCCAAGAAAGGUCAUGGACGACAAUUUCGAAGAAUGGAUGAGGAUGGCGACCGAUAAUAAAAUCACCGCCAAUAAUACCUGGGGUUUCGCUUUGAUCGACUAUUUUGCCGAUAUCACAUUCCUGCGCAACGCUGAUGACGACCAGAGUAUCAACUUUCAGAAGGCAUCUUGUACCCUUGACGGUUGUGUCAAAGUCUGGACAUCUCGUGUAGAUAGCGUUGCUACCGAGACGGGAAAGCUCUUAUCUGGCCUUUCGACUGGGCGUCAGAAUGAUUCGGGCCAACUCGAGGAGGAUAUAGAUGGGGACGCCGCCGAGGAUGAUGACGGCGAUGGACAGAAGAAGAAGCAGAAAAAGUCUCGCUCGGGUGAAAGCACGCUGGCCAAAUCGUUCGACGCGCUCAAGGUCAAGAAGCUCGAUCUCGAAUUCACCGUGGAUCCUCUUUUCAAGAAGACAAGUGCCGACUUUGAUGAGGGUGGAGCGAUGGGUUUGCUCAUGAACCACUUGGGUGUCGAUGGGAAGUGCCGAGUCGUCUUUGAUGCUGGAGACGUCGGGUUCGAGGAUGAUGACGAGGAAGAGGAAGAAGCCAAUGACGUUAUGGUCGACCUAGAGAAGCUGCGGGAAUUCGUCCCUCCGGUCGAAAACGUCAUGAACCGUAACAUCUCGGUCACCCUGGCGGACUUCAAGUUUUCCGCCGACGCCAAGUCCGCCUUUGACGUCUCGCUGCUGAUGCAGUCGCGAGACGACGAAUAUGACGACCCGUUACCAUCUGCGGGUAUCAAUGGGGACAGCGACCCGAAUGCACCCGGUCAAGACUUUUUCGGGGGCGAAGACAUGGGCAACGAUUUCGGUGGCGGUGACGACUACUUUGGCGGUGGCGAUGGGGACGAUGACAAUGAUGCUGGGUUCGGGGACGAUGCGGGCAUGGGGAUGGGCAUGGAUAUGGGUGGAGCGCCUGGCGGAUUCGGACCGACAGAAGCGUUCGACCCGCGCAGACAGGGCAACGGAUCUAGCGUCUUUGUCUCGAUGGAUGAUGGACAAGGGCUAUUACUCGAUCAGUUUGACGAGGGCUACCUCAAGAACUGGGCCGGGCCCGAACACUGGAAGCUGAGGCGUGUGCGACGGGAUCCAACUACCAUGACCGCUACCGGAGCAACAGCCGCACGACAAAGAAAAGAAAAGCUCCCCUUUGUCAUCGAUUUCGAGGGCCCAUCCACGAUCACAACAAAGAAGCUGUUCGAGCCCGGUACCAAGACGGCGACAUCCCUCCCUGCGCCCAAGAUCAAGAAGCGGAAAGUCACCAAGAGCACAAAGCGCGGUAAAAAGGUCAAGCAGGAGGAAGAGGUGGAAGAGCGGGACGAGCACUUGUUGCCGGACGAUAUGCACUUUAGCAGUCGACAGCUCUUGAGGCUGUUCCUGAAACCCAAGUUUACUCUCAAGAUGAGGCGUCAAGGAGCGGUCGCUAAACAAUUACAACAGGGUCAUGAUGCGGACCUGGACGAAAACUUCUGGGCUCAGGCUGCAGCGGAAAAAGCCGAGGUCGAAGCUGCCGGCGGGAUGGACGACGAUGACGACGAUGGUGGAGCAGGCGGAUUCGACACUCAAUUCUUCCACGACGACGCCGACGCCGACGACUAUGCCAUGGUCGACGACGGGAUCCUGGGGGACGACCCCUCAGGCUUUCAAGUGGACGGAGGAGGCGGAGAGGCUAAUAAACCGGAGGAAGAAGACCUCUGGGCGGGGACGCAGGGCAAGCUCAAGAUGGCUCGACCGGAGAGCGUGCAUUAUGCGAAAAAGGCCAAGAAAGUGGACGUCAAGCGGUUAAAGGAUAAUAUUUGGAAGGGGUUGAAGAUCGAGGAUAAAGCGGUUGGGUUGCAGGACGAUAUGCCCGACAUGGACGCCUCGGACGACGAACAAGGUUCGACCGCCCUGACACAAGAGAGAGAGUUCUCCAGCGUCAUCCAAGACCUCCGGACCAACUAUACCAACGACAAGAUGUCCGAGAUCUCCACGUCGUUCUGUUUCAUCUGCUUGUUACACUUGGCCAACGAGCAAGGGUUGAAGAUCGAGGUUGGGGAAAAAGGGAACGAGGGCAAUUUGAAGUUGGAAGUGCAAGCGCUACCCGAAGAAGGGGCAGAAGGGGCGGUAAGGGGGGAGGAAGGACAGAGGGAGGAGGUCGUUGGGAAUUUGGAGGCGCUCAAGGUUUGGAAGGACCUGAGAGCUGGCAAGGCCGCAUAGUCGGAGAGUGUUUGAGCAUGUUGAUAUAAUGAUCAAGAACAUUGUGGUCGUAAUAGGGCUUGAGGCGCGUGACUGGUUGUAGACUCGAUAUCCUGAGAUUGCUACGUUUCUGGAGAUCGCAUAGAGCGUUGCAGUCAUUUACCGG